UCGGGAGGUCUCUCUAAGGUCUCGUCUCGUCCCGUCUCGUUGUAUUUGAAAUCUUUUCAUCUUCCGUUGAACUCACCGCUUUGUUUCUCUCUCUCUGUCUUUCCUCCUUUCCUUUCCGGUCUUUUGUAGCUGCGACCAUUCGAUUACCCAUUCUCGAUAUCAAUGCCGGUGCUUCUCCGACUCUCUUCUUGUCUGGUUUUUUUCAUGCCGCUGACCUUUGAGAUCUAGGGUUUCCUUCCUUUGGCGGAGACUUGAAGGUGAAGGAUACUGCAAGUGGAAAGCGACGUUUCAGGGGUUCACUUCCGUUACUGAUUCUUUUUCGUUUAGGGUUUGACUGAGAAAUCUCCGAUUGAAGCGUGUUCCUCUUCGGGGUUGUUGACUUAUCGGACAAAAUCCAUUGAUGAUAUAUUGUUGGAGGAAUCGAUGGGGGGAAUGGGAGACGCGAGUGGAGAUUUUGUGAGGUUGCCACAAAGUUAUCAUGAGGAAUCGGAAGUGCAAGUGCAAUUGACUAAUAAUGGAAAUUGGGGUUCCCUACUAUGGUGGAUGAAGGUUGUUUUCCUAUGCAUUGUUUUGGGGGCUGCUGCGGCAGCUCUAGUUAUAUUUGCUGGCCCGGUGGUCAUUAGAAAGGUAGUUAUUCCUAUUCUGGAAUGGGAAGCAUCAACAUUCAGCAUACCAACUCUGGGGCUUUUAAUUUUUGCGUCCAUUGCGUUUUUCCCAGCAGCUUUCCUCCCUUCUUCUCCAUCCAUGUGGAUAGGUGGGAUGACAUUUGGCUACGGUUAUGGAUUUCUGCUUAUUAUGGCAGGAACAAGUAUUGGCAUGUCAUUGCCAUAUUUUAUAGGUUCUUCAUUUCGUCACAAAAUUCAUAAAUGGUUGGAGAGGUGGCCAAAUAAAUCAGCAAUUGUGAGAUUAGCUGGCGAAGGAGAUUGGUUUCACCAAUUUCGUGCUGUUACAUUGAUAAGGGUCUCUCCUUUUCCAUAUAUUAUUUUCAAUUAUGCUUCUGUGGCUACCAAUGUGCAAUAUUGUCCUUACAUAUGUGGAUCAAUGGUUGGAACAGUGCCAGAUAUAUUUAUCACUAUUUACAGUGGGAGGCUGCUGAGGAAUCUUGCAGAUGCAGCUGACCGUGGCGGUUUCCUGUCACUGCAGCAGGUUAUAUAUGAUGUGCUUGGCUUCUCUGUUGCCUUAGCUGCUACUGUAGCUAUCACUAUAUAUGCGAAAAGGACCCUCCAGACUCUCCAGAUUGAGGACAAAAUCCAUCAAAGUUGCCAUCCUGAACUGGAAAACCUAUCUUUGCAACCACCUCGAUUAACUUCAGUCCACCCUGCGCGUUGAAGGAGAGUUGGCGCCAUUGAUAGAAAAUGGAGUUUCCUACCUUUUCAAUCCUCAACAUUUUGGUUGCCAAUUUAACACAGAAAGGUACAUGAGUAUAUCUAUUUGUUUUUUUUGUUUGAAUCCAUGGAAUUUAAAUGAAUAGGAAGAGGCCUACUUGUUGAUUAACCACUUUCUUGACACGGAGAAGGCCUUCGAUAUGAGUCAAUUUAUUAUUAUUUUUUUUAAUUUUUUUUGGAGUUAGUUGUAGGCUUCUUACCUGGCGAGGGAGGUUACUAUCAGAGUCACAUGAAAUGAUUCCAUUUGGACCAAUUUAAGUACCAAUUAAACAAAAGUAGUUGACAAAUUGCAGUCAUUUGUUUAUCUACUUUUUAUUUUGAAUAUGGCUUCAUCUAUCUUACUUACGUCUGCUUGCAUGUGCUAUAACAACCUUCUUUAAUUUUUCAA